GCAGAAGAUUCGGUGUUUAUUUGGUUUCCUUUGCGGCAAGAAAUACAGAGUAGAGAUUAGAGAAGAAGGAAGGCAAGGCAAAGCAAGAAGAAAAGGCAGAGAGAGAAAAGGACUAAAAUAGAAAUGGACGUGAUCAAAACACAGCAAAUAUCGUCUCGGCCGAUUGAGAAGGUGAUAGUCCACCCUUUGGUUCUCCUCAGUAUCGUCGACAACUACAAUCGCGUCGCCAAAGACACCCGUAAGCGUGUCAUCGGAGUCCUUCUUGGCACCUCCUUCAAAGGCACCGUUGACGUCACCAACAGCUAUGCAGUGCCUUUUGAGGAAGAUGAGAAGGACCCGAGUAUAUGGUUCCUUGACCACAACUACCAUGAAUCAAUGUUUUCAAUGUUCAAAAGGAUUAAUGCCAAGGAGCAUGUUGUUGGUUGGUAUAGCACUGGCCCAAAAUUACGGGAAAAUGAUCUAGACAUUCACAGAUUAUUCCACAACUAUGUCCCAAAUCCUGUCUUGGUGAUUAUUGAUGUCCAACCUAAGGAGUUGGGGAUACCCACUAAGGCCUACUAUGAUGUUGAAGAGGUCAAGGAGAAUGCUACUCAAAAGAGUCAAAAGGUUUUUGUUCAUGUUCCAUCUGAAAUUGCUGCUCACGAAGUUGAGGAGAUUGGAGUGGAACACUUGCUUAGGGAUGUAAAGGAUACAACAAUUAGUACACUUGCAACUGAGGUCACAGGGAAACUCACAGCUUUGAAGGGUUUGGAUGCGAGGUUACGGGAGAUACGCGGUUACCUUGAUCUUGUUAUUGAUGAGAAGCUUCCUUUGAAUCAUGAAAUACUUUACCAUUAACAGGAUGUGUUCAACUUACUGCCAAACCUAAAAGUAAAUGAUUUAAUCAAGGCUUUUGCAGUACAAACAAAUGAUAUGAUGUUGGUUAUAAAUCUGUCGUCUCUCAUUCGAAGUGUAAUUGCACUCCAUAACUUGAUCAACAACAACGUGAGAAACCAACUCGUAAUAUCACCAUUAUAUUAGAACCAUGCUGGAGCAUGUGAUGGUGUUUUGACUGGCAACAUUUGGUUUUCAGAUGCUAAACAAAGAACAUGAGAAAGCUGAGGAUGCAAAGCCGGCAACUGUCCAAGCUGCCAGUUGAAGCUGAAUAUCAUCUUGGGUUUCAUAGAUUCGACAUUCUUGAGAUUUUGUAUCCUUGAUCAGUCAGAUAUCCCCAGGCUCCAAACAUGAUAUUUAAUCCUCUUUGUUUUUCAUACAACUGCAGACUGGUAAUGAAGUGUCCCUCCAUUAGCGUUAUACAGUAUGUGGAAGCGAAUCAUUUGAGUUUUAGAUACUGUGUUCUCCCCGACCCAACCCCGGCCCCCAGAAAAAAAAUUGUAUUUAAUUCGUAGCAGUUUGGGUUCUAUCUGUUUUGAUCAUAUAAUUUACUUUAGGAUACCUGAAGGUAAUCUCAAAAUUUUCUAAGGUUGCGUUUGGGAACUAGUAUUUCAGAAUUUGGAUUAGAUUUCAAAAAUUAUGUAAAUUAUUUAGAAAUAUAAUAUUUGUGAUAUUUUUAAAUUCAUGGAUUCGUUUGAAGCUUGUUUAAUAAUUUAUUUUAAAUCUUUAAAGUAUUUUUAGAUUCGAUAAA